AUGGCCGACCAGCUGCAGAGGCUCGUGGCGGAGAAGAAGGAUUUGGUGGAGACUGUGAUGGAGGCCUUCGAGCAGGGCGCCGAGGUGGUAGCCAGCAUCGUGGGCGACAUCUUCCCGGUCUUCUCCAUUGCCGCGCCCAUCGUCAAGCUGGCGCUGGACAAUGUGGAGAGCAAGGAGGCGGCCUUCAUGAAGGAGCAGUUCCAGAAGGUGCGCGACCGCCUGGAGGCAGUCUCCGACCAGAUGCGGCGCAUCCACGAUGAGAUCAAGAAGAGCGGCAUGGACGCCACCUACUUCUCAGUGGAGGAGAACAUUACCAACCAGUUCCGGAAGUAUAUGGACAUCCUCAACGCCAAGGCCAAGUUCCGGGAAGUCAAGAAGAAGCUCUUCCUGGAGCAUUUCGACAAGACUGGCGGCGACAAGAACCUGCACGUGCUCUACAAUGCCGUAACCGGCGACAAGUUCUCGGGCGAGUCGGUGCUAGAGAUCAUCCUCAACUACGAGGAAAAAAGCCGCCGGCCCAUGGAGGAUUUCUGUGCCCGUCUGAAGAAGCUCUUCUGCUUGGGACUCAUCGCCCUGCUGGGCCACGCCGCCCUGAAAGGCUACGAUGAGGAGGACGCUCUCCUGAAGGAGUGGGGUGAGAAGAUGACGGUGGUGCAGGACAAGAUGAACGCCGUGAUCCGGGACUGCGUGGUCAGCUUCCCCAAGCAGGCCGAGCUGGACGCCAGGCGGCUGGCUAGGGACAAUCCGGGCUGGACCAACCAGCAGAUGGCCGACGCCCUCGUCGCCAAGCUGAAGAAGAAGUACGACUGGGUGGGCUGGUCGGUGCGCAUCUUCAAAUCGCCCACGGGCCUCUUCGCCCCCAAGAACUACCACUGCUCCACGGGGAGGAGCCGCUUCCAGGUGUCCGCGUCGGAUGACAAACUCAACGUGAUGGUGUCCUACAGCGCCUCGCCCGAGCCAGUGGACGGCGCCCGCGUGCGCCAGCUGAUCCAGAGCCACAAGAAACCGGGCGCGGUGGCCGUGGCCGAGAUGCUGUUCGAGAAGAUGCCCGGCGAAUGCGCCAUCCACGCCGUGAAGACCAGCAAGGACCUGGCCUGCGCCUGGAGCUUCGCCGACGGGCUUCACUACUGGGAGGAGCACAAGAACUUGUACGUGUGCCUUCACUCGGCAUAGCGGCUCGGUCGCAUCGAGACGCAACGCCUUCACGCUGCCGGCGACACUCCUCACCUUUUGCGCCUUAACACAGCACUCGCGUCUCGAUUGGGCCCCCGAAGGCAGUUUCACUUGGCACAAGACAUUACUGAAGCAGUUUAUCAUCUGAACAUUUUCCUCAUAUUUACCAAACAUUGUCUUAAAUGCAUCUAUUUAGCAUAUUUCAUUACCGUGUGUUUCACGGUAGAUGUUAUUCCAAUUGAAUUCUCAGAAUAAACACAAAAAAAAAAGAUUUUUUUCCCCCCCUUUCUUCUAUGUGAUUAAUGAAACCAUUGCAGCGGGUGUGCUGGAUUUAAAUUGCUCAUAUUUCCGAAAUGGAGGAAAAGGCUAUUUUGGGGAGCGUGGAAACACCCUGGCUGCCCUGUAAUCACGUGGUCGCGGCUUUUCUAUCUAUGGCACAGAAAGGCAGGCGUCAUGUUCAAAAAGUGCAAAACAAAAAGUUUUCUUUCCGGUCACAACCCGUCAUGUAGAGACAUACCGGGUUUGAAAUGGUGUCUGACACUGAGCACUUUUGUUAAUAAGAUGAGGAAAAGAACAAUUAGCUAUCCGCUCAUUUGAAGCAAGACAACAAUGCAGUUUCGUUCGAGAUUUCUAAUCCUCAAACUGUACCACCAAGCUCAAACAUGCAUGCCGAGUUUCGAGUUGAUCCGACACACUGGUGCAAUAUUUUACAACACUUUCAACGACAAUGGCAGACUUACCCUGCGUUUCACAAUAUAGCUAAUGUUUAGAUAUUUGUGAGUUCUGUCAUGAGCAACACGUGGCGGAUUUUGCCUCAAUCGGACGCACUGGUGCCGGAUGCGCUAGUACUCAUUUUCCGACGCUCCUGGUGUUGACAAACGGCAAAUUCAAAUGUUUGACUAAAUAUUCCUUGCACUCCACAGGUUAUACUUUGAUUUUCGUGUGUCCUGUGAUAAUGAAAAUUUGCCAUUCAAGCGCACUGGUGCCAGAUGCAAAUAUUUUCUACCUCUCCGCUCGUUGUUCGGCGUUUCCCGGCCCUGACAAAGCAGACAUUGGUAAUGUUGUAUAGGUGCCGUGAUGCUUUCCAUUUGAGCGCACAGUUGCCGCAUUGAGCCGGCGUCAGUCGUCAGGUGACCGCAGGAACGCAGACAAACAUCACGAGGAAUCGGGAGGAUGGGCCCGCCCGCCUUGCGGGACGCCCAUUCUGCGAACGCCCGCUCGGCCCGCCCUAACCUACGACUCGGCUAAUUGGCUCUCAAUGGCCAGACGUUUUUUUGUCGUUUGGAAUGGCAUCGCUUCGGGCGGUUGUGAUUGGCUACCUCGCACGUGGGUGGAGCCAAGUGCAACUAAGUGGCAUGGGUACUAGUCGUCGUCAUGGGCUGUCUUUGGGAAUCACUCCCUAUCCACUAGUGCCCCAUGUAGCUCUGUUGGAAUGUGUAGCGAGUAUCGGUUAUUGUACUCAUUGGCCAUGUUUAGUGUUUCUCGACUGGGGUCCACCAGCUCGCACGAAGGCGCUGCCGCACUCCGCUCUGCUCAGCAGCUACAUGAUGUUUUCAUCGUCUUUUCUAAUUGCAACUAAUUGGGCGUUGGGUAUCGAUGUGUUGGUCCUUUGUUUUGUUAAGCACGUAUGUUGCUUUGUACGUUUGAAAGGUGCUAUAAUAAAAAUAAAGGUUUGAUCGACGGGAACUCACAUGCUAAUACACUGAAGAAAAAAAAUAAAGCCGUCACGUUUAUUUUAAUUUUUUCAAUUGUUGAAUAUUUGUUUUAUGUUGCGAUUUCAGUGUAUUUUUUUAUUGUAAUUUAAAUUGACAGCUUGGUACCAAAGUGUAAUAUCUAAUUUUGACCAAAGGAUUGAAUUGAAUGUGAUUUGCGCACGAUUUAGUGGCCAGCUCGGGAGGGGAGGAGCUGAAUCUUAAAUGUAUCGAAUUCUUGUUAAGCCGUUAAAUAGCAAAGGUAAAAACCUUUGUGCCUUCCUUGUGUGAAGCUUGUAUGAUUGUGGAUAUGAGCACCGAACAAGCAAGUUAGCAACAGCUAGUGUUUUGGCUAACAGUGGUACGCUGACAAAAAAUCAUCUUGAGCAUUUGGAAUGGUUACAUAGUGUUAUAAUGGAAUAUCAACCAUGAAAAUAUAGUUUGAGUUUUACACCGAAAAAUCCAAUUCAGAAUUCCCGUUUUUGUUCAAAACACAAGAAACUGGGGACGGUCUUCUUAACAAGCGCUUUUUUACAUCACCACAGUGAGCCAUGUUAAAUGCAGCCCUGCUACGCAUAUGAUGCGUGUUGUAUUUACUCAACCGCGAAGUGGGAGGGGUCACAGGUCACCACGGCCGGUGCAUGAUGGGAUUUGUAUGAUUCUUGUCUCAUGACAGCUUUAUUUGGCACCGUCUUAUAUCUUUGGGUUUUCUCAGUGCACCCAAUUAGUGACAAUUAAUCUAACGUGUUACUUUUUAUAUUAGAGUACUCAGAUUACAGUUACUUUGAUUUCACUGCCAAUAGUAACUUUUUGUUCAAUGCAGCCCUAUGGGCGGCACAAGUCAGUGCAAACUGUAGGCCGGUCCCAAACCCGGAUAAAUGCAGAGGGUUGCGUCAGGAAGGGCAUCCGGCUUAAAACUUUGCCAAACAAAUAUGAGCGUUCAUCCAAAGCAUUCCAGACCGGAUCGACACUUUUUUUUUUUUUGUAUACACACAACUAUUAGUUAUUUUGCCUUACAGUUCCUGUUAGAGAAGAGCAAGUAGUGGAUGAAGUUCAGUAACAUUGAACAGUUGUACAGUUUAAGUACUGUAUGUAUGAGUGUUUUUUUUUUUUUUUCAUGAGUAAUAUUUUGAAAAGCACAAAACUUAGCUAGCCAAAUACUGUACCUCAUAAAAUGGUUACAUCCAAAUUAGGCUUUACACGAUCAGGGUUUUGGGGGCCGAUCACAGCGUUUAAAAAAAACGAUAACCGAUCAUCGAUCACAAGAUGGAGCAAUGUGUCUAUUUAAAUGAGCUGUUCAUUUACUGUAGAUACUUGUGUACUUAAUUGCUCAAAAAAUGAUAUUUACAAUAAAUCAAUGUAUCUUUGUUCCUAUAUUUAUGCCAGUGAGGCAUAGUGACAGACAGAACAAAUGAAUGGUCUUCUAUUAGAUGGCAGGAAGUAAAUACAGUAAUUCAUGUAUCCACAUUUUGUGACAUUUUUGUUUGCUGGUGUGCUGUGAGAUUUUUCAAUUGUAAAAUAUCUUCCUUGCCUCCAUAAAGGUUGGAAAUCA